UAUUUUGGAGGCGCACACAUUACAAUGGCAACAUGUUCGUUGAGUAGCGGUGAUAAUGAUGAAAUAAAUGACCCAGGAGCCGCUCCUUAUGGAAACUUUAUAAACUAUUACACCUUCAAUCCUCCAGAGAACCGUCUGAGCCUGAUCCCAGCCACAUUGCUCCAGGAUCUGGGCUACAGAGACCAGAACACACUGAUCCUGGACGUGGGCUGUAACUCAGGGGAACUGAGUGUAGCCUUUUACAAGCACCUGCUGCAGGAGCCUGUGAGCCAGCAGGAGUCAGCUGACAGCAGAGUAAAUCUGCUGGGCUUCGACUUGGACGAGAUCCUCAUUCAGCGGGCUCAGCAGAACAACCCUCUGCCCGACAGCAUCUCCUUCAUCCCUCUGGACAUCACUAAAGACACCGACCAGCUGCAGGAUUACCUCAAACAGCACGGCAGCUCCCACUUCCACCUGAGUCUGUGCCUGGCCGUCACCAUGUGGGUCCACCUGAACCACGGAGACGCCGGCCUGCUGCAGCUGCUCUCUCACCUGGCCUCCAUCAGCCAGCACCUCCUGCUGGAGGCGCAGCCCUGGAAGUGUUACCGCUCUGCAGCCCGGCGGCUGAGGAAGCUGGGCCGCUCAGACUUUGACCACUUCAAGUCCCUGAAGAUCCGUGGGGACGUAGCGGAACAGGCCAGGGAGCACCUGGAGAGACACUGUGGCAUGGAGCUGGUCCAGAGCUUUGGCAGCACCACCUGGGACCGCAAGCUGCUGCUGUUCAAAAAGAGAUGAGACUGAAGGGUGAGAAGAGUUUUCAUCUGCUGCUGCUCAGGAGCUGCAGGGACAUGAUCAGGAAGACCAAAGACACUGAUGUGGGGUAUGAGAGGAAAGUGAACUCAUCAGUUGAUACACAUUCAAUAGCUAACAAUUAUGUAAAUUAUAUUGUUUGUCACUUUUUAAGCAAAAAUGCAAAAAAAAAAAUUUGGUUCAAGCUUUUCAAAUGUAAAGAUUUUUGGAUCUCUGUCUUAAAUGAUAAUAAACAAAGUAUCUUUAGGUUUUAUUUUCUCAGUCAAAAAAAACAAGCAGAUUGAAGAUGUCACCUCGGGCCCCGGCAACAUUUUGUAGAUCAAACUAUUGAUUGGUAGAUUAAGAAAACUGGCAGAAGACAAUUAGGGCUGCAAUUUACACUUAUUUUCAUUCUUGAUUAAUGUCCUAAUUACUUAUAAUCAUUUUGUUAAAAAAUGUCAGAAAAUUUCGAUCCGCUUCCCAAAGCCCCAAGGUGUUGUUUUAAAUAUCUUAUUUUGUGCAAUUAACAGUCAAAAAGCCAAAUAUAUUCAGUGCAAAUGUUAAUAAUUAAACAGAGAAAAGCAGCAAAUCUUCACACUGGAGAAGCUGGAACCAGAGCAUGUUUGAAAUCUUUGCUUAAACAAUAAACAGUUAUAAAAAAUUAUUGCCAAGUUACCUGAUUGUUGUAGCUCUUAAAGAAAGGCACUGGGGGUUGCAACACAUUUAACGUAAGUAAAACGUUAGUAUCGUGUGGCUAAAGCCUUAAAAUACACCAUCUGUGGGUGUUUUUUUGUCAUUAAUGUCCCCAAAAAGUGUUCUCUAAAUUAUCUGUCUCAACACUGAUGAGUGCAGUAAUUAAAAUGUUUAAAAAGAAGCUAUAUGACUGUUUCUGUGUGCAGUCAGUACUGUGCAGAUGAAAGGUCUAGUGUGUAGGAUUUAGCGUCAUCUAGCAGUGAGUUCGAAGACUGCAACCAACUGAAAGUUCCUUCAUGUAGAUCUACAACGGCUGACGCAAAAAUGUGACUGAACCUGUCUAGAUCAAGUGUUUGGUUUUCCCAUUAUAGACUAUUUUAGCACAACAUGGCGGACUCAUUAGAAGAGGCCCCACUACGUAUGUAGACACAAGACUGUUUCAAGGCGUCUUUCAGCUGCUCAGAAACAACAUCAUUAUUUCACUUAUUUCACACAGUAUAUUAAGCGCUUAACUGUGGUCCUCCUGAACUGAAAUACACACUGUAAGAAAUGCCAAAAUUAGUUUGAGGACUGUGCUGCUCAGUGGUAGGUUGUUCCCUUCGACAAGGUACAGACUUGAUGUCAGAAAUAAAAGUCUACCACUUACUUAAAGACAUGGAUUCUCGCAAAACAUUGAUUGCAGCAGUCAAACAGAAGAACUGGGGUCUCAUUUAUAAAAGUGUGUGUAGGAUCCAUACUAAAAAUGUACAUAAAGACAAAAGCCAAAAAUGGCAUGUGCUGAAAAAUAUUCAACAAUUUCUACUAUCAGGCUUCCAUCUCACCAUCUGCGCUACAAAUUUACCAUCUCCAAAAUGUUGGUAAGCAUGGGUCAAAGUUUCUCCCGUCAAAUGUGUUUUGAUAGAUCACAGCUUUUCUGUGGGAAGUGGCGUACACCUCUUUCAGGCCUCGUUUUGUGCAUACGCAGUCUUUAUAAAUGAGACCCCUGGACACCAGUAAGAAACUCAAGGGUCUGUGGCACUGAUGUCAUGACCAGUCAGUUUCCUAAUUUUUGCUGUUGGCUAGUGAGUGUUCGCUUGUUUAAGGUUACUAUUCUGAGCCAGCAGUUUACAGAGGAAGAGCGAAGUAU